AACUAAUUGCAACUUACCCAAGGUUUCCGAACUAGCUCUUACUGAUGUCUGACCACACAACUGAAUCAUGAUGUACUUUCGCAUGUUGGUUCUUUUCUCCUGUUUCCACACAGGCCUAGGCAAACUAAAGGAAGAACCGUUCCCGACAAUCGUCGUGCAUCCCUAUAUUCCAACAUCAUGGCUAUCGUUGACCUCCACGUCGUCAAUGUUGACUGCUUACGUGUCACGGAAGAAGUUCAACUGGCUGCUUCAUGAUCCGUGCGCAGCUGACUUUCUAGAUGACUACCGCAGGUUAUAUCACUCCCUCUCACCGUUAACAACACCUGUUCAUACUUGUGCAAGCUGGCAACCUUACUAUUGCAAAGUGAAGCAACCGCACAAAAAGGGACUUCAUCGUAGAGAAGUUCACGAGCACCACAGCAUGAUUGUGGGCGGGGCCCAUCAAUGCUACUUAUUGUGGCUCAGUGCAAGUGAGGAAGUUAGCCGUCACUUGAAUGUUUCAGGUACCCCUAUGGCAUCAGCCAUCACAGAACGAAACCACAUGCUACGAAUGGGCUCGUAAUCCGCGACUUGUGUGACAAGAUCCUAUAACAGUCGGCCACUAAAAACUAUGUGCACCCCUAACACUUGCAUUUAUCCCGCUGCUCACGUAUGGGCUUGUCCUUUGCAAACAGCUUGAUUAUUUUAUUCUAGGGCCCAGUUCUAGAAAUGUUCACGGAUUUCGUGCGGUCUACAGCCUCGAGUAUCUUCUUGACGAGAUCCUCCAAAUUCGGUCACACCUACUGAAGUCAUGGUGCCUGCUUCACGAAGGAGGCCACCGUUUCGAGCGGCAAACGGUUCGCCCUCAGAGGUAGACACCUGCCAUCAGCCAUCACAACAGGAACUACAAGUUACGAACGGCCUCGUAACCGGUGAAACUAGAUGAGA